AUGGGGCGGGGGCGGGGGAAGGCGGUGGCGGGGCGUCACGGAGCCCGCUCCGCUAUAAAAGAGCCGGGCGCGGAAGAGCGGGUUCCUUGGCGCUCGCAGCCAAGCGGCAGAGGAGCAGCAUCAUCACUAUCGCGGCGGGCAGCAUCAGACGGGCAUGGGACGGCGCUGGCGGCGCGGCUCGUGGGGCUCCUGCUCCUGGCCCUCCUCCUUCCCACGCAGAUCUACUGUGAUCCUGCUGGAACAAGUCCAUCACCUUCAAACUAUUCUUCAGCAAGUUCCACUUCUCUGUCAACUGUGACAAAUUCAGUGAACAAUACCACCACUCACGGACAUGGAAAUUCUCUUCACUCAACCACAAGUCUUUUUUUCAUUCUCUCUGUUUCUCUUCUGUAUUUUUGCUGUUAAGAGACUCUGGCAUGGAAAUGGCUACCACUCCCCACCCUGUUUCCUGAACCAUCUGAGAUGGCUAGAUCUCCAACCCAGCAUGAGAAUAAAUCAGUCCAAACUCCACAUCAAAACAGCUUGGUUCCACUCCAUACUCAAAUUAGUACCAGUCUGACCUAGAGAAGCACUCAGUAUUCUGACUUUCCAAAGCUGACCAAUGUGAAAAGACCAGCUUCAACAAGGAGGUAAAAUGAUGAGCUCUUUCACCAAAUGAGUUGGAAUUCUGAAAAACAAGAUGGAAGCAAAAAGACAGUAUCAACAACUCCUGACUUAAACCCUGGAAAACAAAGAAAAGCUCAAAUGAUUCUGUUUCUUGCACAGCCUACACAGUUAUAACUCAUGGGUAGUAUGAUAUAUGAAAAAGGAACAAUAUCAGUGGAAAGGCUUUACCUGAGAUUUAAUUUCUCUAAAUUUCAUACAAGGCUGAAAUGGAAUACCAAAUUUUUGUAAGAAUCUCUUGUUUAACUUCAGUCCUAACCAAAUUCUUAGCCAGGCAGGGCUAGUUUUGAAAUAGCUAAAACCCCACCAGUUUUCAUAAGAGUGGAAUUACUUAUGGUGGGAAUUUGAAUUUGACAUUUUCUUUAAAUUGUUUGUAUAUUAAACCAUAUGUGCCAGAGAAAGGAGGUGUGGAAACAUUGAAAGAAGCACCAGGAGCUUUUUGUAAAUGAAGUUCAGAAAAGAACAAACAAACAAAAAAAAGUCAAGGGAAAAAUAUCUCCUCUUUUCCCUAUUUCUCCUCUCAAGUUCUACAAUUUGUAUAAUUAAUUUUUGCUCCUGGAACUUUCCUUAAUUAUGAAGGAUUUAUGGAAUCUUUUCAGUAAUGUUCUAGUGCUGCUUUUUUUUGUUGUUUUUGGGCACAAGGUAAAAAACUUACUGCUUUUUUUUUAAGAGUUUCAAUUGUGAUAGUCUACUUUAAACAUGGGCUAAUAUUUGCGGUGGGGAGAAGGAAUGGGGAGAGGAGAGCAAACCGCCAAAACAGAAAAGAAAUUAAAUGAUUAGGUGUUUAGAAUAUGAAGACUGGAGUCUUAAUUUAAUCACUGAAUUUAAAAGUUAUCUUUGUAAAUACUACUUUUUUUUUUAAAUUUUCUGAAUCAAAACUGCUAUACUUGCACAGAUUGUUUCUGUAUCAUCCAACACUUUAGAGAAUAGUAUCUGGUACUUGAUCAAAACAAGCUUUGUUGAGGAGGUUCAACUACCUUGAUGAUGAUACCUUGUCAGAAAGAAAUUAGUUAUGUUGAUAUGAUCACAUGUGAGUGUACACGAUCAUACCACUGUCUGUAGAUAUUUAUCUCAGUAUAAGAUCAUGUUAAACAUGAGUGGCUCUCUAAUUUUUUUUUUUUAAUACACAUCUGUCUUUCAGUUACAUUACCAUCAAUUCACAGUACCAUAUAUUAAUAGCAAACUAACAAAUUCAUGUCAAUGAGUGUACAUUUCCUUAUGCUUAUCAUUUGUAUUCAGUAAAAUGUUAAUGACUGUAUUUUUGUGUUUGUAUAAUUAUGCUUUGAUUUAUUAGCUACUGAUUUUCAUUGAAAAAAUCUGUAAAUAAAACAGUGGACAGGCAAUGCAUUCUAGAUGUGCUUCCAGACACUUCUACAAAAACUUGUAACUUGCCUGCGUUAAGUGAAUGAACUGUUAAGCAAGGUGGUGUAUGUGAUUAAAAACCUCAAGGUCUAGAAAUG